AUGAACUUCAUCAACUACCUCGCAAUCCGGUCAGCGCUGAUCUCCCUCCAGCCUGACAAGCUAAAUAUUCACUACGAAGAUCUCAACAUGGACAAUAUUUGGCUCCAGAAGCUGUGGGACAACAUCACACUCGUCCAUCACGAUAUGGCUCUCGAAUACCCGAAACAGACACAAGAAAAAUGGCAAAUCAGCCAUCUUGCUGAUGUGCUCCGCCUAGACAUUCUCCGACAAGAAGGCGGGAUUUACUUUGAUACGGAUGUCAUUGCUCUCCAGUCCUUCGAGUCUCUUCGGCAUAAUGAGAGGGGUGUUAUCCUUGGCCACGAGGGCGGGGAUCGCCACGGCUUCUGUAACGCCGUAAUCGUCGCACGUCAAGAUGCAUCAUUUCUACACAAAUGGAUAGAGAGCUAUCGCGACUUCUCUCCCAAGGAAUGGAACUACCACUCUGUCAUCCUUCCGAAGCAAAUGGCGUUAGACUUUCCAGACCAGAUCUGCCCAUUAGCUCCAUCGGUCUUCUUCUGGCCAACAUGGACGAUCAAUCACAUCGACUUCAUGCAUGAGUCCAUUACCGCAGAAGAGGCGAAAAAAGUGGAGGAUCAGCUGAAUGUACAUGGUGGUGGAUUACACCGCGAUCAGCUGGCUUAUCACGCGUGGAAUCAGGUGGCUCGGAAACAUUUGAAACAGCUGACGCCAGAUAUGGUCAGGGAUAAGAAUACUCGGUUUAAUAUCAUGGUCAGGAAAUUCCUCUAA